AUGUCCUCCAUGGAUUGCAGUAGUCGCAAUAAGUCCAUUAUUCAACUUCUGCUGCUUCUUUUCUUAUCGGGGUUCAGUUCAUGCAUUAAUAUUGGAGAUCCCAACAACGCGCGUUGCAAAGAGAUGGAGAGGAAGGCACUUCUCAAGUUCAAAGAAGGUAUCAAAGACCAUACUGGCCGGCUCUCUUCUUGGACGACGACGGGCGAAGAAGAAGAAGAAGAAGAAGAUUGUUGCAGAUGGAGAGGGGUCCGUUGCAGUACCAGAACUGGACAUGUAGUCCACCUCAACCUUCGCAACCCAAUUCAACUUCCUCAAUAUGAUGAUGAUGAUCAUGAGGAUAUUGAAGCGUUCAAGAGGUCACGCUUGAGCGGUGAGAUAUACCCUUCUUGGCUAAACUUGAAAUAUUUGAAAUACAUGGAUUUGAGCUUGAAUCAAUUUCGGGGAAUCAAAAUCCCAGAAUUCCUUGGUUCAUUCAAGAAGUUGAGGUAUCUCAAUCUCUCCCAUUCAUUCUUUGCUGGCACAGUUCCUCCUCACCUGGGAAACCUAUCCACCUUGCAUCACCUAGAUCUUUCUUCUUCGUCUCUUGACUACUAUUCCUUUAGUGAGGAUCCUUCUUGGUUGAUGCGUGUAGACAACUUGGAAUGGAUCUCCGGUCUCUCCUCUUUGGAGUACCUCAAUAUGGGGUACGUCAACCUUAGCAACGCAGCAGAUGAUUGGUUCCAAGCUUUUAAUAAGCUUUCUUUGCUUCGGGAAUUAAAGUUGAGUGAUUGUGAACUCGGAAGACUUCCUUCUUCUUCUGAGACACUUCCAUCAUCAAUAACUGUUAAUUUUACAUCCCUUUCGGUACUUGAUCUCUCUUGGAACUUCUUUAAUAAUUCCUUUCUACCACAUUGGUUGUUAAAUAUUAGCAGCCUUGAAGAUCUUGAUCUUAGCUACAAUGAACUCAUCCUUAACUUCUCUUAUUCCAACAAUAAUAUUAUUAGUAGUAUUCACAGUGGAGCUGGUGGAGGAGAUGCUGCAUCUAGCAGGACUACAGCUGCUGGAAGAGCCCAGCAGCAGCUGGUAGGAAGUCUAUGGAAGUUGCGUAGGCUAGAUUUGUCAUACAACAACGGUGGUGGUGGUGGUGAUGAUGUGGGUGCACUUGUAGAUGGUUUGUCUGGAUUCAGUAACAAGAGCCUGGAGAUUUUAGUUUUGAGUUAUAGUGAGCUAAGUGGGCAUUUGCCUAUAUCAAUUUGA